AUGGCCAAGGGAUCUGGAAGUGGCACAGUCGCAGUUGCAACAACAACAUCUAUUGGUGGCGGCAUGUUCUCAACAGGAAAGAAGGCUAAGCAGCACGUUGGUAUCGACUGCACACCAGAAGCUGCUCUUUUUGUUACAGCUGGUCUUAUUGGUAUUACACUCUUCCUUCACCUCUUAUCUCGCUUAUUGAAAUAA